AUGGGCAGCAAUGCCAUCGAUCUCCUGUUGUUAGGCUACCACUUUCCCGGACACCAGGUCGAGGAUAUGGAAACUGAGCGCCAUCUCGGUGUGCCAAUUCACAAACUCCCGUCAGAACUUAUCGCCGCCAUCUUCCUCCUUUGCAUUCCACGCAGUCCGAGCGCGGAGACGCCCAACCCAGCUCAUGCGCCCCUUCUACUCUGCCACGUUUGCAAGGUCUGGCGUACGAUAGCUCGUGGACUGCCGUUCCUUUGGAGGCAAUUGACUCUACGUGCGGGCUAUGCCGAAGUUCCCCGCGGAGAAGCAGACUUGGUUGAUAUCUGGUGCAGGAAUGCGACCCCCUUUCCAAUUGAGUUCAAGUUGAACUUGGCUUUGCAUUCUCCACACACGACUUGGGAUAAGAUUGUCGUACAAGAUAGUCUAUCUCCAAUCCUAGCUCCUUCUGCGCACCGCUUCAUCUCUCUUGACCUGACGAUCUCCACUUUCGUCAAGUUCCCUUUCAAACUUGAAUUCUCUCUUCUCGAACGUCUCUCGCUCAUCAUCCAGGACGACUACCCUUCUGAAAAGCUUCUGCCCAUCACGACAUUUGCGGCGUCCCCAAAACUACGCUCUCUAAAGCUCUCCGUUUCUGCAGACAUACUCUCCUCAAAACUAGUUUUACCUUUCUCACAAAUCACGUCUUUAAACCUCGACGAAACCGAGGCUAUCCCACCCAAUACACUCCAUUCCGUCCUCGCCGUGUCCUCUUCUCUGGAACACCUCAACGCAACAAUCCGAAACCCAGACACCGCCCAAACCCCACCGCCCCCCACUCACACCAUAACUCUCGACCGCCUUCAAACUCUCCUUAUUACAUUCCAAGAGAAACCAAAUCAAACAACUACUACCCUAUUCCAUCUGACUUUCCGCCCAUUAAACAUGCCGUCCCUCAGGUCCCUCUCCUUGACCUCCCACGGUCUUCCAGGUGCGAUUCCACUCCCCUGGCAAGACGACUCCAGCCUUUUCUUUGAGCAUUCCUUGGGGAAUAUCACAAGCCUCACAUUGAACCGCUACGAGUUCACGUGGGGCAUGAUGCACUUCCUACAGUGUACGCGCGCUGUGGAGAAGCUGGAGGUGGUUCUCGGUGAUUUGGGUGGUAUUGGGCUUUGGGAGGCGCUCGUCCGUCCCGGCUUGAACCUACUCCCUCAACUAGCACGGAUAGAUGUGGUACUUGGACGUGCGGGUUGUGCGACUUGGUCAAUUGAGGUGUUGUGUGCAAUGGUUUUGUCAAGGUGGACGCGCCUAGAAACCACGGGGUCUUUCUUACACUCUGUCUCAAAUCCGACGCAUUCCGUUACUUCUCCCUUGCGUAAGGUUCACCUACACCUCCAACCUCACCCCUCAACGGACUCCACGGCUCCUUGGGUCUAUUCAACGGUUGCUUUGAUCCACGCUCGGCUCGGGAGGUGUUCAGUCCAGGGUAUGGGUUUGGAGGUGACUAUUUGA